UUGAUGAAGGACGGACGAAAGCGAGAAGCAAACCCCUCUUCCCCACCUCCUCGCGACUUCCUCGCCAUUCCAGCUCAUGGAGACUCCCCAGCUCCUCGCCUUCUUCGCGCUCCUCCUCUCCUUUCUCUACUGCCCUCGCUCGGGCCUUCACGCCUCGGCUCACGAGCAGCAGCUCUUCCUGUCGCUCAACUCUUCUUGUUCUUCUUGUUCUUGCUCUUCUUCUGAGUUUUCGUUGAGGGAAUAUGUAGCGAGGAGGGCCAAGGACGCGAGCCUGGCGGGCUGGAUGAAGAAGAUAAGGAGGGAGAUCCACGAGAACCCGGAGCUCGCUUACGAGGAGUUCGAGACCAGCGCUCUCGUCCGGCGCGAGCUCGACCGCCUGGGCGUCGCUUACCGGUGGCCCACCGCCGGGACUGGGGUCGUGGCCACGGUCGGGUCGGGGUCUCCGCCGUUCGUCGCCCUCAGGGCCGACAUGGACGCCUUGCCCAUUCAGGAGAUGGUGGAGUGGGAGCACAAGAGCAAGGUGGAUGGGAAAAUGCAUGCUUGUGGCCAUGAUGCUCAUGUCGCCAUGCUACUCGGAGCUGCCAAGGUAUUGCAGGAAGUCCGAGACCAUCUGCAGGGAACAGUGGUCCUUAUAUUCCAGCCGGCCGAAGAGAGUGGCCGAGGCGCGAAGGAUAUGAUCCAAGGCGGUGCCCUCGAGAAUGUGGAAGCGAUCUUUGGCUUGCAUUUGGUCCACAGGUACCCAAUUGGGGUUGUCGCGUCGCGGCCUGGGGAAUUCCUAGCUGGGUGUGGCAGCUUCAACGCUAGGAUCAAGGGGAAAGGGGGUCACGCAGCGAUCCCGCAUCUCUCGAUUGACCCGAUUUUGGCGGCUUCGACUGCGGUGAUCAGCUUGCAGAAUAUUGUUUCCAGAGAGGUAGACCCUUUGGACUCUCAGGUAGUUUCGGUAGCGAUGAUACAAGGCGGGACUGCGUUCAAUGUAAUCCCCAACACGGCCACGAUCGGCGGGACUUUCCGAGCUUUUAGCAAGAAGAGCUUCUAUGGUCUAGGGGAAAGAAUAGAAGAGGUGAUAAAAGCACAGGCGGUGGUGCACCGCUGCUCCGCGGAGGUUGACCUAGAGGGGAACGGACACCCCUCGAUCCCACCAACCGUGAAUGAUGAGAGGAUCUACAAGCAUGUCCACCGUGUAUCGACCGAGAUCGUCGGGGAAGAGAACACGGUGCUGUCGCCUAGUUUCACGGGAAGCGAGGAUUUUGCCUUCUAUUUGGACAAGGUCCCGGGGUCCUUCCUCCUCCUAGGCAUUAGGAACGAGAAGGUUGGGUCCGUCUACCCUCCGCAUAGCCCUUAUUACUCUAUCGAUGAGGAUGUGCUCUCGAUUGGGGCCGCUAUACACGCCGCGUUUGCUCUUUCAUAUAUUUCCGAUUCUACAAGAACAGUGAAUUUAGUCUGCUAGAAUAGCGUUGUUAAUACAUGAACUUAUAUCUGUUCAUUCAUACGUUUAACUAUGUGAUUGUUCCUAGCAAGUCUGAUGUAAAUUUCUCGAACAUGUUUCCGAGAGAAUGAGAUCUCAGUUUCAAUGGA